UCACCUGCACAGGCCCCGCCCCCUCACCUGCACAGGCCCCGCCCCCUCCUCUCACCUGUCCAGGUUUGUUCUGGAGUCACUUCAGAUGAACUCGGCUCCGACUCAGAGGAACUUCAGAAGAUCGAGCUCCAAAACUCGACCAUAAAAUCACACGAACUGAGAAUAAAAUAAAUAAAAGUUUGGGGAUGAGACGCUUCACGUUUGUCAAAGUCACGAUGUUUCUGUUCAGCCUCCUCCUGUCGGUGGGCGGGGCGGCCCUGUUGGUCUUGGGCCUGUGGGUUUCUGUGGACGGGUUUUGGUUCUUGAGGGUCUUGGGGAUCUUCUCGUCUCCUGGAGCUUCGUCUGUGAACGUCGGGUUCUUCUGCUCGGCUCAGGGCCUCGUGCUCCUCGGCCUCGGGUUCCUCGGGGUCUGUGGACCUCACAGACCCAGCAAGAGCCUGAUCCUGCUGUUCUUCUGUGUGGUCCUCAUCAUCUUCAUCGCUGAGGUGUCGGUGGUCGUGGUGGUUUUCGCCUACUCCUCCUUCGCUGAGAGGAUCCUUGGUUCUUGGGCGACUCGAGUUCUUCAGAAAGAUUUUGGCUCCGACUCGACGAUCACAGAGACCUGGACCCGAACCAUGAACCAGUUUUCUUGUUGUGGUUUCGUCGACUUCAGAGAUUUCGUGGGGUCAAAGUUCGUGGAGACUCAGGGUCAUUUCCCCCUGAACUGCUGCAGGAACCAGAGCUCCGCCUACGAACCACGAAGCUCCGCCUACGAACCACGAAGCUCCGCCUACGAACCACGAAGCUCCGCCUACGAACCACAGAGCUCCGCGCCCUGCAGCGUCGAGGAGGCGGAGCUCAGUGCAGUGCAGGGAUGUUUCACACAAAUCCUCGAGUCUCUGGUGAAAAACACAAACAUCGUGGGCGGAGUCGUCGCCGGAGUCACAGCUCUGGAGGUCGCUGCUCUGGUCGUCUCCAUGUUUCUUUUCUGUCACCUGGAUGAGAUGAGCAGCUGAAAGGUCCAUGUCUCUGUAAACAGCCUCGUGUUUCUUUGCUCUUGUUUUCUGUGGUAGAUCAGUGUGUCAGACUCUCGCGGGGUCGGACUGUGUGCAGCGAGUUUAAUCAAAUAUUUUACUGAAUCAUUUAAACUUCAGGAAAUGUAAACGACAUAAAAGUUAUAAUUAUUCUUUAUGAAACUGUCGGUUUUCAGUUUAAACGAGGAGCAGCUCAAAAACACAAAGGUGAAGCUGCGGAGGAGAAAGUCUGACAUUAAAUAUGAAAGUGUGAAAUAAUUAUGAUUUUAAAUUCAAUAAAAAUCUUUCAAGUCA